AUGAAAUUUAUAAUGAAACUGAGCGCCGAUAUAUUCGUGAAGAAAAAUGGGGCCAAGAGUUUAAUGAAAAGACAGGGAAGUAUAUCAGCGAGAAGUACAGAACCGGUGGAACUGGUGUUGCAUUUAAAGCCAUUGUUAUCAUCGGACGAAUGGCUUGAAUCUUUAGGAUCAAAGGCCUAUAAAUUAAUGCCAAACCAACUUUCUAAAGAAUAUCAACAAAAAGCAUUAGUGAGAAAGAAGAGAAUUGAUGACCAGAAUGUGGGCGAAAGUCAACUCUCCCGAUGUCUAUCACUGUUUGACUUAACGUGUUUGGGAAUCGGUUCAACACUUGGUUUGGGUGUUUAUGUAUUAGCGGGCAAUGUAGCUAGUCGUAAUUCCGGGCCAGCCCUGCGGUCGCUUCUGUCUUCGCUG